CGAGAGAGAGAGAGAGAGAGAGAGAGAGAGAGAGAGAGAGAGAUAACCGAUCUAUCAAUCUCUCCUUUCCUUUUCCUAUUUCUGAAGAGUGCAUUCUGAUUGCUCCGGAAAUUCUCAGUAAAAUAGCAUUAUAUUGGGUUUCAAAUCCUUCUACUGCUGGUAUUUGGAGCUGGCCUGAUUGGAUAGGCUUGAUUAUAAACAGCAGAAGACUGAGAGUCAAAAAUCAGUUUCAUGACAACGUGAUUGUGCCAAACAUUGACUCAGAGACUGAUAUUUUGGUUAUUGAUGCCCUUUCCUUAGCAAAAUUGCUUGUCCUUUAUAAUGUGGAGUUUUGCUGCAAAUCCAUUGGCAAAUAUUAGAGUGAAAGGAAACUCUCGAGAGACAAGCCAAACUUGUUCAGACUGCUCAGAUGAUGAGGUUUGUUCUAAUGGCUGCAAAGAUGAAGGGUUGGAUUGCCGCAUAUGCUGGGAAUCUUUCAACAUAGUUGAGAAUGUGCCAUAUGUCUUGUGGUGUGGACACACUCUCUGCAAGAAUUGCAUUCUGGGACUUCAGUGGGCGGUUUUGAAACUUCCUUACCAACAAAUCAACAUUCCACUUUUCAUAUCUUGCCCAUGGUGCUAUCUAUUAUCAUUCCGAUUGGUUUAUAAAGGAAAUUUGAAGUUUCCUCGUAAGAACUUUUUCCUUCUUUGGAUGGUUGAAAGCUGGAAUGGUGAUAGGUAUAAGCUUGUUUCCUCCAAUGUGGACAAUCAAUCGAUAUUCUCUCCCUUGAGCAGCUUAAUUCAGGGAAAUCAAGCUUCAAUUUUUAACCGUAGAAGACGCUCAAUAAAUCUUGGUUCUGGGCAAAGGGCGUCCAAUGGUAAUGAUGGUGGUAGAGAUGGAACUAGACGCCUUUUUCCCCUUUAUAAAUCUCUGGAUUUCUUCAUUCAUGUUAUGUCCAAAUUCCCAUUAGUCGCCAUUUUACUUCUGACAGCCUUCUUUGCAGUUCCAGUUAGUGCUGUUAUUUUAUCUGUUUACUUGUUAGUCACCAUAGUUUUUGCUGUCCCUUCUUUCCUGGUAUUGUACUUUGCAUACCCUACUCUAGAGAGGUUGGUCAAGGAAAUCAUUUCUUGAGAUAUGGCUUGACUUUAUUAUAUUAUUAUUAUUAUUAUUAUUAUUUCACUUGAAGGUUUUUGUAUUUUUAUGUUU